AUGCCUUUAGACACUGCUUUGACAAGAAAGUUAGGAAUUUCGAGUGAACUUCACCAAUACCCCUCUAUAUUUCUUUGGCUGAUAUUCGAGACAGUUCCGGUUGUGCAAGGAGGGUUGCAAUGGGUUGCGUAUGCCGAACUCGCUGCCGCAGUGAGCAAUGCUGGUGGAUUGGGAAUCAUCAAUGCUCUGACGCAGCCUGAUCCGGAGUCACUGCGAGCGGAGAUCAAGAAAACAAGAAAUCUGACAAAGAAGCCGUUUGGGGUCAAUAUCACCCUCUUACCAGCACUGAAAGUCCCCGACUACGGCGCCUUCACCAGAGUCAUCAUCGAAGAAGGCGUAAAAAUCGUGGAGACAGCAGGAAACAACCCCAAACCCGUAAUCUCGGCAUUAAAAAAAGCAGGCAUCAUCGUGAUCCACAAAGCCACAACCAUCAAGCAUGCUCGCUCCGCCAUCAAAAUGGGCGUAGAUAUUUUAUCCAUCGACGGAUUUGAAUGUGCAGGUCAUGUGGGAGAGACGGAUAUCACUUCCCUCAUUCUUUUGAGUCGAGCACGGCAAGAAUUUGGGGACGUGCUGUUUAUUGCUUCGGGGGGCUUUGCGGAUGGGCAGGGCCUGGCUGCUGCGCUGUCUCUUGGGGCGGCAGGCAUCAACAUGGGCACGAGAUUUGUUUGCACGAUUGAGGCGCCGGUGCAUAUUAAUGUGAAGAUGGCGAUUGUGGACUCGGGUGAAGAGGAUUCGACGCUGCUGUUGAGGAGGUGGACGAACACUACGAGACUUUUCUCUAAUGAUGUUACGGCUGCGGCGCUCAGGAUUGAGAGGGAAAGUGCGAUCGGGGACUUUGAGGAAGUGGCUCCUUUUGUUAGUGGUGCGAGAGGUCGGGAGGUCCUAAUUGAAGGGGAUAUAAAUCGAGGGGUUUGGUAUGCUGGGCAAGUGAUGGGGUUGAUUCAUGAUAUACCAAGUUGCGACGAGCUUCUGAGCCGCAUCGAACGUGAAGCGGAACAAGCUCUCGCAAAAAUUGGAUCUUUGGUCUCUACAGGUAAGAAGAUAGACAGCAAGUUGUAA